AACGCAGAAUGGAGCAACAGUAGUAUAUUAAACUCUGAGCCAAUAUGCGGUUGGUCGAUAUUUGUAGCGUGGCGUUUUCAUUGCUCGUGUUAACUAAAAAAGUAAGCGUUACGCCUAUUGUUGGUGGUCAGGUAGUGGCUAGUACAAAAAAUGCGGCACGCAAGUAUUCGUAUAUGGUUUCCCUGCAAGAAUGUAAGCAGCCCUUCAGCGCACAAAAUUUAAGCGAGUGUCAACAUUUUUGUGGGGGUGCUCUGCUAAGUGAGAGCUGGAUAGUGACUGCAGCACAUUGCCUAUGGCGCAAAGAUUUAUCACUCAUAUCCGCCGUUAUCGGUCAUGAAAACCUCGCAAUCGCCGAUCAGAAUAUCAGUCUACACGCUGUAGAACGUUUUGAAUUUAUUUACUACCAACCAACAAAUAUUAUUCAAAAUGAUAUUGCAUUGGUACGUUUGCGGAAACCAUAUGAAUCGGAAUUCGAUGCAAAAAGCGGCGGUUAUGGACGAUUGCCACCGCCUGGCUUAAAUAACACCACUGGCGCUUCCUGUCAGAUCAUAGGUUACGGCGCAACUCAAUACGCUGGUGUAUUACAAAGCAAUCUAUUUGAAGGCGAAGUUAGUGUUAUCGCAAAGAAGGAAUGUAGUGAGAUUUUAGGCCGAAUUUUAGCGCCACCCCACGAUGAUACUACGAUAUGUGCAUUGGGCAAAAAUCAAGAUACUUGCCAGGGCGACAGUGGGGGUCCUUUGAUAUGCAAACUGAAAGACAGUUUUUCCAUUGUUGGUAUUGUAUCCCAUGGACUCACGUGUGGCAUAACGGGCAUACCAAGCAUCUAUACAGCCAUCAUGCCUUAUCUGGAAUGGAUAAACCUUGUAAUCAAUGAGAAAAAUUAAGAAAAUUAAUAUACAUACAUACAUAGUUUUGAGACGAACACUGAAGGAAAUAAAAAAGGCGGAUAUGUACAAAAGCGGAAAUGCCAAGUUUGUUGAAAUCGGAAUUAUCGAAACCGAUAACAUGCGAC